CUUUGUGGAAAUUAAAUAGAAUUAAAAAAUGAACUCAAGAUCUUAUUCUGAUAUCCAAAGAGAAGAUUUGAAACUAAUAAAGACACGCAGCCAACCCAACAAAGGCAAUAAGUCAUAUAGAAGAGGUAGAGGUGACCGAGGCCAAGUGAAUUUUGAUCCACGAGUGGUACAAGCCAAUAUAUAUUUGUAUUCACUGCCUUAUGAAGGAUUUAGAGGUUAUAAGAUCACUCCUGAUAAUCACCGGAUAAAACAGAGCAAUCUAUCUCCUGCAAAACUGAGAUCCAGGCAGAAUAAACGUGCUCUGACAAAUUAUUUUCCAGAUUCAAGUUUGUUUAGUCAAAAUGACAUUGCGAGGGACACCACAACAUUCAGGCGCAAGGAAGAACCAAAUUUGCCACUUUCGAAAAAAACUUUCAGGGAAGCCCAUGAAUCAUUAAUAAUUAUUGGCAAAAGAGGACACAGCUCAGAUCUGAAUUGUGGGAUAAAGGUCUCUAGUCUUGGAACUUCACAAUGCGGGAGAUGUUCUUCGGUCAAGUCUGGAUUCCAUUCGGAGAUUGCUUCUUUUGUCAUGCAAACUCAGUUACCAUUACUCAACAAGUUGCUCGAAUCAAAUGAAGAACCUUCCGUAUGUCCUGUGUGUCAACCUAGUGUGGACUUGCUGUGUAAUUUAGACUCUUCCUCUUCUACUGACACCGAAGACUCAGAGUUGCAGGUAUCCCAAUUUUCUGCUGAUCUCCAAUACUCAAUACCAAGGGUAAAUCACAUUUCUAAUAAACGUAAUGAGCUAACUCAUCUUCCGAAAUCUAAAAAUAUAGAAGAUCCACAAUGUGUUCAGUCCUGUUCAUAUGCCCAGAAUCCAGGUUUCAUGAGAACAAAUGAGAAUGAAAUUACUGUGAAUAAACCAUUGGCGAUCAAUGGCUACUCAACUUCAUUGUCAAGCUCAAAAGUUUCAUCUUCAUAUGAUCACAAUCUUGGAGCAACUUUUUACAACAUGAGUUCUCUGGACCUUACAGACACAGAGAACAUAUUCUGCUCUCCAUGCACUGGAGAAGAAAAAUAUGCAAGCGUGGCCUUCAAUAAACCAUGCACUAAUGGUGAAAAGACAAACUUUGGUACUUUCAAAUCUUGUGAUACACUAAUAGAACAUUUUACCUUUCCAAGAAAACUACGAGAUGAUCAAAAGUCACUAGAGGGAGUGACCAACAGUCAGUGCUGUUGGAAUACCCCCAUCUCCAAUUUACCUGACACAAGGCCUUUAGAACGUGAAGACCACUUAACUGAGAUAGCUGACACAUUAGAAAUGUAUGGACAGGUUUCAAAAGCAAAACAUUCAGUUACAUUACCCAUGCAUGGAUUUAAAAAGUAUCCCAGUGAGCAGACCUAUGGGAAAGUGCAUGGUGACUCUAAAACCUGUUUUCAGUCCAACAACGAUAAAUUGAUCAUGGAGAAAUAUUUUACAAUCUGGGUUAAAAACUCUGUUAACAUUCACAAAAUAGCGCAGAAUGAAAGAGAGAAGAUUCGUCAAGUUCUCCCCCAAAGACGAACCUCAUGGCUCACAUAUUCUAAUGGAGAGGACAUCGGGCAGCAUUUGGCACAAAAGAUGAAUUUCUUGUGGAAGUGCAGAAAGGUAUUCAUCAUAUGGAAGAGGCGACUGUUCCAAAAGAGAGAAAUCGCUUUCAGAUUUAAGCGUAAAGACGAUGCAUUAGGGCAAACAAUUUUACAGUCCUGGCACGGACAAUGUCAGCGUAAAAGAUUUUCCACCUACCUCUCUCUUUGGUCUUUGCAUCAUGCGGAGCAGUUGAAAAGGUCCAUGAUGAGGAGGUGGCACUUUGAGACAAUGAAGAGGAAGCAGGCCUUUCUAUACUGGCAGCGAGGCACCAUGCUCAGUUGUUUUCAGGUUUGGAAGAAGAGAAUGAUUGAAAGCUGUAUGGUAAAUCAGAGGGUCCUCACGUUCCAAAUGACCUGGAGACUCACAAAAAUAAGGACCAUAUUUGGACUCUGGAGAGCGUGUUCACUCACACAGAGGAAAGCGGCCAUUUUUCAGAGGGCUGUAGAACACAGGACUCUUAAAGGGUUGAUGGAGCGCUGGGCACAGUCAGUACAAGAAGCCAAAGCAGAACGCUAUCUCAGGAACAGAAGGAGAUUGUGGGCCCUGACCAGAUGGAAGACCGUCUUAGACCUUCAGUCACAGCUAUCAACGCGCAGGAACAUAGUGGCACAUUGCACGAUGGGAAACUUCUGGCAAAUCUGGGCAUUUCAGCACCGGCUUGUAGUAGAGUGCCAAAAAUAUCGCAACAAAGUAUUGUGUAAACGGGUGUUCAAUAAAUGGGCAUUGUCAGCCCAAAUCCACACUACACAGAGAGAAGCGGCUACUCAAUUCAUGUCUGAUUGUUGCCAUCGCCUCCUUUUAUCAUAUUUUCUCCACUGGAAAAAUAAAUUCCUAAAAAAACUGCUCUUAGUCAACAUGUUACAACAAAAGAAAAAAACAUCUAAAGACCUGCAGCGCUGGAGAGCUGCCACGAGGGGGCACCAAGCCCUUAUUUUACACUCUACAUGUUCUGUGAAGCAGGCAGGUGACAUGGAUUGA